AUGGACGAUCGCGUCCUCGAUUAUCAUGACAUACUCCUGCGCGUGCGCGACGUCGCGCUCCUCCGCGGCCCGCAGUGGCUGAACGAUCAGGUCCUGUCGUUCUACUUCGCGCACCUUCAAAACGACGGGCGAUCGCCGGCGGACGUCGCGUUCGUGGACGCGUCGAUGUCGUUUCUGCUCGGCAACUUGUCCCCGACCGAGGUCUCGAGCGUUCUCGCGAGCACGAAGGUUUCCUCCGCCAGCGUGAUCCUCGCGCUCGUGAACGACGAGUGCGACGUCAAGCGCGGGGACGGGGGAUCGCACUGGUCUCUGCUCGUCUUUCGAAAAGGGAUCGGGUGGAGUCAUUACGAUUCGUCGCAGACCGGCGGGUCGCGCGCGAACAAAGCGAACGCGAACACGCUCGCCGCGGCGCUCGCGCCGUACGUCAGAAGCGGCGACGGCGACGGCGGCGUCGUGAACCACAAACCACCGGACGCGCCGACGCAGGUGAACGGGUACGACUGCGGCGCGUACGCGUUGGCCACGGCGGAGGCGGUUCGAGAUGCGCACGUGGAGGUGACGCGUAGUCAUAGGAGCGGUAGUCGCGAUAGCGGGUGUGGGGACGCGUACGAUGAGAGGCUACGCGCGCGGUUGAGGGAUAUCACCCCAGAGUACGUCGCCGAGUUUAGGAGAGGGAUCUUGUCCCUGAUCGAGGAGCUCGCCGAGGACGACUUGAGUAUUUGA